CUUCUAUUCACCGGAAAAGAUCAGUUAGUGUUGAUGCGGCCAAUCUGCCCGCAAGCUAAGAGCAAAUAUAAAGUAACGCGGAGCAGAUCAUGAACCGUCAUGCGGUGUAAUGUGUCAACAGUGCCUAGUUUGACGUUGCCUUAGUCCCGGGACGCAGCAGUCCAGGAUGACUCUGAUAGAGGGCGUGGGUGAUGAGGUCACUUUACUCUUUGGAGUGGUGUUUCUGGUGCUGGUUGUGGUUCUAGCCUGGGCCUCCACGCACACUGCGGAGCCUCCAGAGCACCUCCUCCCAUCCACUCCAGCGCCCGCUGCCCCCUCUUCAGAGGCCGAAAGUCAGGAGCCCCUCCCCUCCAGUGACAUCACCUCCCCGUCCCACAGCCUGAGGGACGACGGUAAGGCUGAGGCUGAGAGUGGAGCUGAGGGCCAGGCUUCAGAUGAGGGAGGAGGAGAUAGAGGCCUGCUGGGAGCAGAUGGUCUGAGGCACCGAGAGGCAGCAGGACCUUCGCUUGCCACCCAACCACCAGCUAGUGCCUCAGGCCCCACACAGCCCACCUCUUCUGAAGAUGUGUCUAACGACACAGUGAGAAACAUGGUGUUGAGGCUGAAGUUCUUGAAUGACACGGAGCGAAUAGCGCAGGUCAACCCUGAGGACACCAUCGGUUACAUUAAAAGGACCUACUUCGCUGGCCAGGAACACCAGGUGCGUCUGAUCUACCAGGGUCAGCUCCUCCAGGACGACGCCCAGACCCUGUCCUCUUUGAACCUGGCUGAUAACUGCGUUCUGCACUGCCACAUCUCUCAGCAUGCCACCCGAGCCGUUCCCGCAGGUGCCCGUGCUGCCGACCAGGUGCAUGUGGCUCUGAACGUGGGCAGCCUGAUGGUACCGCUGUUCGUACUCAUGCUGUCCGUGCUGUGGUACUUCCAGUUUCAGUACCGUCAGUUCUUCACUGCACCUGCCACUGCCUCUCUUGUCGGAAUCACCAUUUUCUUUAGUUUUGUUGCAUUCGGGGUAUACCGCCGCUGAUGGAUAGCUUCACUCAACUCACAGAAACACACACUUAUAUACACUCAUUUUUGCACUUGCAUACCAGCGCCAGUGUCUGUCGCUUAUGGGAUCUCUGGACACUCUAAGGUUGUUUUUGAAGGCUGUGAUUUCAGAAAAUAAUCUCUGAGAUCUGUUUUUUUUUUUUUUUUUUUUUUUUUGUCCUUUUUUUCUUCACUGUUGUCAUUCUCAUCUGCACCAAGUUUAUGCUUGUGUCACAGAUAGAAAUGUGCUAUAUAUUUAAUUUUUUUUUUUUUUUUUUGUUCUGUUUAGAAAUGCUCAUUGUGCCUAUCCUAAUAUUUCUCUUAUUUUUGGGUUGGCAGGCUGCUGGCAUGUAGCUGGCGCUUGCUUGUAGGAGGGAUCGGUUUGAUAGUCACAUGACUGUCUAAGCCUUAGACAGGUUUAUCUGUCUGUCUGUCUCACACUGUUACAGAGCAGAGAAGACAGCGCUGCUGAUGUACGUUGGGACUAUUGAAGUACUUUGUGGGGGGAAAAGGCAUUUGAAACAAAGAAAUAAUCUAUUAAAUCAUUCUUUUAUUUAUCAGA